AUGCUGCUGCUGCUGCUCCUGGUGCUGCUGGGGCCAGCGGCAUGGGCUGCCCCCAGGGCGGGCACCAACAGGCCUGAGCCCCCCGUGGCCACAGUCGUGGAUCCCCAUCCCAACCCACUGAGCCCGGAGCCGCCUGCCCUGCUGCUGCUGAGGAGCGCUGUGCAGAGCCUGGGGCCCCCGGAGCAGGACGUGCAGGCCAUGACACGGGAGCAGGCCCUGCUCUACCUCUUUGUGCUCCACGACCACGACCAGAGCAGGCGCCUGGAUGGGCUGGAGCUGCUGCAGUUACUGGGCACGGUGCUGGCACAGGCUGGGGGGCAGCCAGAGCCUGACAUGGUGGCUGCACUGGUGGACCAAGCCCUGGCAAGGCAGGACCUGAAUGGGGAUGGGCUGCUGGACCCCUCCGAGCUGCUGGACCCCCCCGAGCUGCCCUUGCCUGGUCAGGACAAGGGUCCCCCAGGACAGCCCCCACUAGAGCAGCAGGCAGCGCUUGGGGCUGUGCCUGGCGGGGACACGGAGAUGCCAAGGCAGGACCUGGGGUUGAAAAGCCCAGAACAGGCAGCUCCUGAGGCUGGAGAGCCCCAGACUGGAGCCCCUGAGGAUGGAGAGCCCCAGACUGGAGCCCCUGAGGAUGGAGAGCCCCAGGAUGGAGCCCCCGAGGAUGGAGCCCCAAGCAUGGAAUCUCUUCAGGUGGAAUCUCCCAAUGCUGAGGCCUUGGAGGCAGGAGUUGUCCCUGGGGCCAAAGCCCCCAGUAGUGAUGCCACAGAGGAAGAGGAAGCCCCUGAGGCUGAAGGCCCUGAGGAGCAGGCAGCCCCAGCCUGGAGGGACCAUGGGGAGGGGUAGGCAGGGGGGCUGUGGGAUGCAAUGCCCCAGCUGCUCCCUGCCCUGCUCAGGGCACAGAGGG